AUGUAAAAAGUAUAGAUUAUUUUUAUUAAUUCAGAACGAUUAUGGUUUUGGUGGGGAUGAAAAAGUGAAGAAAAUUGAUAAUGAACAUUAUGAUGAGACGAUUGAAUUGGAAGAUGGAGAAAUUGGUAGUGGUGAAGAAGAUGAAGAUUAAUGUAACGUUUUUACCUACUAUUCUAUUAGAUUAAGCUGGUGCUAGAGGAGCCCAAUAAGCUGAACAAAGUGUAGGGUUUUAAGAAGGAAAGGUUCCUUUACCUGCUGGUGCUUACAAUUCAAAUGAUUAUUCAAAUUUAUAAGUAGGUGCAGAAGUCAAAUAAUUGUUUGAGGUAUUUCUAUUUUUAAUUUAAGUUACAAUAUAUGUCUGCAUCAAAAUAAAAUUCUAUAUUUCAUCUAUACAAAGCUCCUUAAAUGGUUUUGGAUGCAAAAUUAAAACCAUUUAUUCCAGAUUAUGUAACUGCUAUAGGUGAAGUUGAUGCGCACAUAAAAAUACCAAGACCUGAUGGCUAACCUGAGACACUUGGUUUGUUACAUUAGUAAUCUAUCUAUAUAAUUUUAAGGAUGAACCUACUCUUAAUCAAUCUAAAAAGGCUAAAUUAGAUUUAUUGA